AUGGCGAAGACUGAAAAGGAUUUUAUAAAACUAACAUCCGAUCCAUUAGUCCUUCAAAACAUCGUCGAUUUAGUCAAAGAUGACCAAGCUGGAGCCAUUUCAACAUUUUGUGGUACAACUCUAGUCCACUUAGAAUAUGAAUCCUACAUUCCAAUGGCUGAAAAAGAGAUUUCAUCCAUAAUCACUGACGUCAGAACCAAAUGGCAACUCAUGAAAAUAGCAGUUUAUCAUCGAUUAGGCAUAGUUCCGGUUGGGGAAACUAGUGUGAUAAUUGCGGUUUCGAGUGUUCACCGUCAUGAAUCACUUAAGGCUGCUGAAUGGUUAAUUGAUACAUUAAAAGAGAAGGUACCAAUUUGGAAAAAAGAGAUUUAUAAUGAUGGAAGCAGUUGGAAAGAGAAUACGAAGAGUAAAUGUUGUUAA